AUGUCUCGCCAUCAGUAUGAUCUUGUACAAUGCAUGAAACAACCAGGCAAAUAUAUUGGUCAAGUAUGCCCGAAUUGUGAUGGUAGAUGUCCCAUCUGUGAUUCUUUCGUUAAACCAACUGCAAAAGUCCACAUUUGUCAAGAUUGCUCGCAGGGACACCUAAUAAAUAAAUGUUUACUUUGUGGUAAUGGCCUAGGGUUGAAUAACGAGAAUGGUACUGAUGCAUAUUAUUGUUUGGAAUGUUGCCAAUUAGAAAAGCAUCGAGAAGGAUGUCCAAGAGUGGUCAAUGUUGGUAGUAACAAAACAGACUACAUAUUUCUGCAAAGAAAAGAUACAAGUAAGUCGUUGGAGAAUAUAUAG